CGGUGCAGCGGACCUCCUCCGGACAUCUGCCAGGAUUUACACAGUUCCAAAAACUCCAUUCACACUGAAGUGCUUUUCGAUGGUGUCCCCGGGAGGAUACUCCGAGCUUUAUUCGACUGUAGGGAUUCUAUCGGCGGGUGUAUGACUAUGAAAGACGCGUGGUUUUGGAGUCACGUCUUGGGACUGUCCCUGUCGAUGGUCGCGCUGUGUGCGCCGGAGACCCUCGGGACAUGGACCCCCAAUAACCAAAGCGCCAACCCCGAAACAACAGACUUUUACUCUUCAUCCACUGCACAGGAGGAUGUGGACACCGAAUCAGCCUCCAUAUACAGCGAGAGCCCGUCCGCAUCACAGGGAAAGCGGGUGCACCCGCUCAGCUCCACCGCUGGACACUUUGACAUGGCUGAGACCCAAACCUUUGCUGAAAUAAGCAGCAGUUCACUGGAAUCCACAAGUCUGACUACUGAGCCUCUGUCCUCCCCUUUCACCUCCUCCACCUCCACUGAAGCUGUCUACAUCAGCAGCACCCACGGCAACACCCACAGCAGCACCCACAGCAGCACCCACAGCAGCGACGAGACAGGCAGCACCCACAGCAGCACCCACAGCAGUGACGAGACAGGCAGGACCCACAGCAGCACCCAUAGUAGCGACGAGACAGGCAGGACCCACAGCAGCACCCAUAGUAGCGACGAGACAGGCAGGACCCACAGCAGCACCCAUAGUAGCGACGAGACAGGUAGCACCCACAGCAGCACCCACAGGGACCAGGCACCCAUGGGAUCCCCUGCAGUGUCACAGGAGCCUCGAGUUUGGACCUGGACCGAAACCGAGAACUCAAAUUUGCAGCGUGACAGUCAAGAAAGCACCUCACCACUUGGAGAUGUUACUGACUCUAUUUCACAAACUGCCAUAAACACGGACAGCACCUACACAUCGACCACUAUGAGCAGAGCACUACUUUCUGUUAGCUCUUUUCAGAACAAUAGCACCUCUUCUGUUUUUACUGAAGACUCAAUUUCCCAUCAACCACCUGCGACAUGGGCUCUUUCACUGCAAACUGAGACUGAGGAUUACACUCACACUAAUUCAGUGCCUAAAACAGAAGUUAUGGAUACAAAACCCCAAACAGACUAUAGAGAAACAUAUUCAGAAUUGGGCCAUGCUGUAUCAUCUACUGGGACAGAAACUUCAGUAAAUGCCACAGAAAAUCAACAGACUUUUACUUCAGAAGUGACAUCCAAUUUAACGUCAUCUUUUACUAUCACAGAGCAAAGCAUAGCCCAAACUGAAUUAUUAGUAUCUUCAACACCACCUAUGCUCUCUCCUCCCGUUUUACCCACAAACAUCUCAACCACAGACCGAGGUUUGAGUCCUUAUUAUGAAACAUCUACUGAAGUUUCAACUGAGGUCCAGAGUAUGAGCACUCAGAACCAGGGGGGCACAGAGGGGGGCCCAUCCAGAACUGAAGAAGAGAAAGUGGACUUUGGCCUCACUACAGCGCCCUCUACAGUCAACAGCAGGACCGAUGAUUCUCUGACUGAAGUGCCGCUGCUGGUUACAAAAAUCCCUACAACUACACCUACCACAAUAACAGAAAGAUCUCCGCUACCAGAGGAAGACACUUCUCAGGCCACUGUCUCCACCACAAGUGCCCCUCUGUCUCCCACUUCAACAUCAAAACACACCACAAUCCGCUCUACCACUUUAGCCUCCCAAACACAAACAACAAUCUCCCACAUCUCUACAAUACUUUCUACCAAAGCAUCUACGCCAGAGCAGCAGAGUAGUACAACUUACCCUGCUCCGUAUGUAGUACCCAGUCACACCCUAAAACCCUCCACAAACGCCCCAACUAAAAAGACAACUCUGCAGCCCGAGACAAGCACAAGUCCCCUAAAAGUGACCACACCUCUCUACAGCCAUGUUAUCACGACAACUACAUCCACAAAUGGGACGCCGACCCAGAGCACAGAGGCACACACCACACAAGGACGGGCAGGAGAGGAGAGGACUGCACUGGUCACCACAGUACCGACUGCAGUCCAACAACCACCACAACCUCCAAGAAACCCCUGUGCGUCCAAUCCUUGUAUGAAUGGAGGGAUGUGUGUAAGCUAUGUAGGACAACCGUUCACCUGUCAAUGUCAACAAUCCUGGACCGGACCCACUUGCAAUACAGAUGUAGAUGAGUGUGAGCGGGACCCCUGCCCUGCUGGUUCCAGGUGUGUGAACACAAGAGGCUCGUUCAGCUGUGAGUGUCCGCUGGGCUUUGACCUAGAGGACGGGCGAACAUGUACCAAAGCAAAAACAUUUCUUGGAACUUUCAGACCACAUGACCCUAUUAUCUUCAAAAGUGCAACCAUGCAUGAAAUCCAGAGAGAGAUAAUACAGCUGCUCAAUGCCUCGUUGUCAGUGCUUCGAGGUUACAGUCGCUCUACACUCAGCAAAAAAGAGGAAGGUGGGGUCCUUAUUUUUGCGGUGAACAUGUUUUCCAUCUCGGCUGACGUGACCAGCUCUGAGGUCUACAACAAGAUCCAAAUGUCUCUGACCAACUGCAGCUCCUCACGGGCCCAUUGCCCUACGGUGCUACACCACAAGCUCACAUACCACGUUGAGAGUUUGUGUGUGGCUCAGCAGACCCAGUGUGAUACAGAGCGCUCCACGUGCACAGAUAACAGUGGCACUGCCUCCUGCCACUGCCUGCAGGGAUACUACAAGCACAAUCCUGAAGACUUGUCCUGUUUAGAAUGUGGAGAUGGAUACAAACUGGAAAAUGGUACAUGUGUGCCUUGCGUGUUCGGUUUUGGCGGAUUUAACUGUGGAAAUUUUUAUAAGCUGAUUGCAGUCGUGGUGUCACCUGCAGGGGGUGGCGUUCUGCUCAUUCUAAUCAUAGCCCUCAUUGUAACCUGUUUCAGACGAGAUAAGAAUGACAUAAACAAAAUAAUCUUCAAGAGUGGAGACUUGCAAAUGUCGCCUUAUGCAGACUUCCCUAAAACCAACCGUAUAUCCAUGGAGUGGGGAAGAGAAACUAUAGAGAUGCAAGAAAACGGCAGCACCAAGAAUCUGCUACAAAUGACUGACAUUUACUACUCUCCGGCAUUACGUAACGCAGACUUAGAGAGGAAUGGCCUGUACCCCUUUACUGGGCUGCCUGGGUCCCGUCACUCUUGCAUCUACCCUGCCCAGUGGAACCCCUCAUUUAUCAGCGAUGACUCCAGAAGAAGAGACUACUUUUAACCAUUAAACAAAACACAUUCAAAUCCAAAGGCAAACAUGCACGCGUACUUUUUAUUAUCUGAAAGGACACAUGUUCCUACUUUCUACUGUGUAUUUGCAUUUAGGGUUGCAGACAAAUUGAUUGGAUUUGUUUGCAAUCACCAAUGCGUGGCACAAAGAUGUAAAAAUAUGUGAAAACAUUUGAGAGUCAAAUGAGCAGUGGGUACGCCUGUUGUGGCUCUUUUAAAUAAUGAACAAGACUAAGUUUCAUGUCAGAAAAGUAAGUAUAGUCUCUUUGUGAUUCUGAACCCAAUUUCUGAUUUUAUUUUCAGAUUGUGUUCAGAAUUGGAACCCAGUGAUUUCAAAUUUGCAUUUCAAAAUUUAAACAAGUAAUGCAUGCAAACUGAUCACCUUUAGAUAGGUUAUUAUUGACAGUGGAGUAUCUUUUUCACACUUUCACAUUUGGACUGAGUACUGUAUAACCUAAUGUAUUUUAUUUAUUCUUAAAAUAAGGCUGGGUCAUAGGACUUUUGAGAGGUUAAACCUGUUACUUUAAGGAUCUGUUGCAGUGCCAUUUCUGCGUUUAGCUGUCAGGAGAAGUUGAAAUUUACUUUGUUUGUUUGUCAGACUUAUAUUUUUGGAUAAAGUAUUAUGCUUUAUGCUGACGUUUUAGUCAGAUGUGCUAAUUUAAGAAUAAAAAGUGUUUUAUUAA